AUGGCUGCUCAAUUUCGAUGGAGCUUGCCGCCGCUCGUUAGCGCCGGUGCUGGAGCCGCCCUAUUCGACCCUGAGCAGCGCUGUCAUUGGACUAUCGCGUGGUAUCUUAGCAGCACGACGCAUACCAACAAUACAGCGGAGUAUAACGCUCUCAUCGAGGGUGUGAGUGGUGCGCUACACCAUGGUGCCCGGCGACUUGUGAUUCACGGCGAUAGUGCUCUAGUGUUGGAACAAGUACGCGGUCGCUACGCGUGCAAUAACUCUCGGCUGCGCAAAUUGCGCAACAAGGUGUGGAAGAUCCUACGCCAGUUCGAUUCCUACGAACUCCAGCAUGUUGAUCGCCAGGAGAACAAGCAAACCGACAGACUUGCAAACACAGUCCUGGAUGGGCGCCGUACUCGCGUAGAAUGCGCCGACCACGGGAUUGAUGGAAUCAACUGUGACGGACACACCGCAUCGAGACAGGUGACGAUGACACCAUCCCGUCCCCGACAAUCGAGGACGGAUAGUGAGCCACGAGCAGAUUCCCACGAAACGGAGAUGGAUGGCACAGAAGCGGCCGAGGCGACUGCAGCUAUCGUACGCCGAGACAGAGGCCGAACGUUCCCAGUGUUACCGGUCUCGACGGAUAGUGUGCCUGCUCGUCAACCACGCCUACAAUUACGCAGUAACCUCAGCGCGAGUGACCUGGAUGCAGCGAAGGCGGCCAUGCAGCGUGUUGGCGUCGCCUUUUCCGACAAGCUGUACGAUGGGGACGACUGGGAGGCCGCCGAAGGCUAUCUUGCCGCACUCACGCCGGCAGUGUACACUGCCCUCCUCCCAUUCGCACAACGACACCGGCAGCCAGCACAAGCCCGGCCACGACCCCAGUAUCCUACACGCAAUCGAGGAAGACGGAGACCACCUGGAACGCCUCGCAACGAACGCCUGAACGAGGCGCUUGAUCAUCUCAACUCCCUGCAACGCGACCGCCACUCCACCCAGCCAGCGAUCCGGAAGGCACGCCGACGUGCUGGACGUAUCCGAUCUGCGAUGAAGCGCGCUGUGUUACGCAAAACGUUUCGCACGCAUGCGAAGGCGUGCAUGCAGCAUAUCUUCGCCGAGACAACGACAGACCCCGAGAGCGCGACGAAAUCCGACGGCCCCGACGCGCUGCCCGCUCCCACAGGCCGAUAUGCACGAGUAUUUCCAGGGACAUCGCGACAGUUCAACUUCGACGACAAGGCCGGCGAGCCUUUCCGUCAACGGUUGAUAGCAGCGCUCACAGACGAUAUCACGACGGAUGAAGUUGAGGACGCGGUGCAUUGUGCUCAGGCCCGGUCUAGCCCGGGCAUCGACGGCGUUGGACACGAACUUUUCAAGACGUUCCUGUCGGUGCUGCUACCGGCGUUGUACGCCACUUUCCGUGUGUGUUGGAAGCAAGGUAAUGGGCCUGUCGUGUGGAAGGUGGUGGUCACAGAGAGUCCAUGGAACCCGUAA